AUUUCGGUUCCUCUCCUCACACCCUUUCCUUUUACCACCACUUUGGCCAGGUUUCGGCUGGACAUCUACCGCUGCCUGGCCAGCCCCUCUCUGAUCAUGCUGACUGAAGAAGACCCCAUUCUCAGGGCCUUUGAGCUGAGUGCAGACCUCCGGGAGCUCAGCCUGGUCGAAGUGGAGUUUAGGAAUGAUUAUGAAGAACUGGCGAAGCAGUGUAAGAUGUUUGCCAAGGAUCUGCUGGCCCAGGCUCGAAAUUCUCGAGAGCUGGAAGUUAUUCUCAACCACACGUCCAACGAGGAUCAGGUCGACAAGAGAGGCUUACUGGAGGAGAGAAUGAACCUCAGUCGACUCAAGCUCGCCAUCAAGUACAACCAGAAAGAGUUUGUGGCUCAGUCCAACUGUCAGCAGUUCCUCAACACCGUCUGGUUUGGAGAGACGGCGAGUUACCGGCGCAAACACACGUGUCUGAAGAUGGCCACGGUGCUGAGCGUGGCCAUGCUGUGGCCUCUGCUCUCCGUCUGCUACCUUCUGGUGCCGCGCUCUCGCGUCGGACAGAUCAUCCACACGCCCUUCGUCAAGUUCAUCAUCCACAGCGCCUCGUACUUCUCCUUCCUGCUGCUGCUCAACCUGUACUCGCUGGUCUACAACGAGGGCAAGAAGAACACCAUGGGCCCCGCGCUGGAGAUGAUAGACUUCCUGCUCAUCCUCUGGAUCAUAGGGAUGGUGUGGUCGGAUGUGAAGCGGUUGUGGUACCAAGGGCUGGAAGACUUUCUGGAAGAGUCUAGAAACCAGCUGAGCUUCGUGAUGAACUCCCUUUACCUCGCCACCUUUGCCCUGAAGAUAGUCGCUCAUAGCAAGGUACAUGCACAUCACAAACACAUGUUAGAUCUAGAAGAUGAUCACUAUUAA